AUGAUUUUUGAGGAGAUUUCGUGGACUGCCAAUGAAGCAUGGCGUCACCUGAGCCAUGAGCACGAUGAAAUUGAACGACUCUGCAAUGGGAGUGAUGAAACAGAGGAGAGUGUUUGGAUGGCUCGAAGGUGGCAGUGGCCACCGGCAUGGAGAGUAGAUCUCUGUGUUGAUGGCAGUUUUGACCCAAUAACCUCUCACAUGGGUUAUGGAGGUCUAAUGCGUGACUCUCAGGGAGAUUGGAUUUGCGGUUUUCAUGGUUUUCAAGCAGGGGGCAGCGCCUUACUGUCGGAAGCAAGGGCUCUAAAGCUUGGAUUACAGAUAGCUUGGGACCGAGGGUAUAGAGAUGUCAUAUGCAACGUGGAUUGCCGCGACCUCCUCCGGGUGUUGGAUGAUCCGGAAACUAGGAUCUUCUUCCCUGUUUUGCGUGAAAUUCAUGAGCUAAGGAUGAGAAGUUGGAAUUUGACUCUUAGUGCUAUCAAUAGAGAUUGUAAUCAGCCUGCAGACUCGCUAGCUAAGAAGGGUGCUUCGUCUCUGUCUAUGGCUAUCUGUGUUCUUGAAGCUCCGCCGUCGGCAAUAGAGAUCCUCAUUUUGAGAGAUCGUUUGGCUAUUCCUUAG